CCUCGCCUCACACCUCACAUGCCUCGUGCUUCAUCAUUCAUCAUCAAUCAUCAUCAUUCCAGCUGUUUGCUUUUCUUGGCUGUCCCAAGGUGUCCGAUAUCGUUAUCUAUCUGCUCUCAUUUUCUUGGUGUAGUCGUUGACAAUGGCAAAGAAUCCUCGCAAGAAUUCUCGAAAGUCAAAAGGAAAGGACUCUACUAGUAGUGCUUUCUAUAGCAAUCUGUGGUGGUGGCUGCGUGUGUGCUUGGCGGCGGUCGUCUCCAAACUCGUCGCGGAUUACUAUGUGCAGAGAUCCCAACCUACCCUGAAUCGCCAGUUUCAAUCCUUCCAUUCCGACGUCUACGUGAUUGACGACUUUCUCCCCACCGAAGUGGCAUUGGAUUGGAGACGCCGCAUGCUGGAAGCCUGGGAAAAUACCCAAGAACUCUUGAAGGACUGUGAGGGUGGCGAUUCUUGUCCCAAUACAAACAACGAGAACAGUAACAACCGAACCUUUCACUUUGCCACCAACAAUGACGGCUUCCAGCAAGGCGACGGACGGGUUCCCAACAAUGCCAAGGUUCGUUCGUUGGAACAACUCCCCCAACGAAACCACACCGCCCAUCAAAUGCGACAACGACACAUGUUUGCCUAUGCCAAAUGGGAAUUGCCUCCUGCUCAUGUGCUGGUACAAGAAAUGGAAGACUACAUGCGAUCCAAUACGACACGACAAACGGUAGCACGAUUGUUGGCCGACAAACAUCCCCAAUUGGAUCUGCAACCCCAAUUGGCGGAUUUGUUCGUCACCUAUUACAAUCAGGGAGAUUUUCUCACGACGCACAAUGACAAUGUCUGUGGCACGUGGGCCUUUGUCGUGUCGCUGACACAAGAACCCGACGAAGGACCAUCCUGGAACAACGAUAUGGGUGGAACCUUGCGCUUUCAAUGUCCCCAUACUACUCGUAGUAGAUAUCAUCAUCCCAGUUCCCCCAACUAUUGGUGCGAAUCCUUGGUCCCCAAAUUCAAUACGGCCCUGUUGUUCAAUACGCGAUUGCCGGGGGGUGUCAUGGGACCCAAUCAUGAAGUCCUUCCCGUGCACGUCCCACCGUCCAGUGGCUACUUUCGAUUCGGUUUGACGGGAUGGUACAUGGAUGCGCAGGAUGUCAUGGACGAAACUGCCAAGGCGGAAUUGAACAAGAUGAGAAGUCGGGAUUGAUAAAUAGGAAAACGUGGGGAAAGAUCAAGGAAUCAGGCGGAGAAAGGUGAUACAUGAAGGAUGUUCUACUUUUUCUAGAUACCUGAACCGCAAAACGUUUAAUGCGUGUUUCCAAAAUCUCAAUGCAGCAGUGAUUGCCUUGGCAAAGAGAGAUGGGACCAGCAAUCUCCGUGGCCCGCUACGGACACCAUCGACUCGGAACUGGCUGCAGUCUACAGUAUGUCAUGGAAUGAAGAAGAAGAAACGCUAUCAGUACUUCAAAACCUUCCAGGACGUCAGCUCUCUUCUUCCCGCGAGUCCGGUCUGCCAUCACAACAAUAUUAUGAUCUGUGGUGAUGCCCCGUCCUGGUGACUGUACUUUUGCGGGGAUAGCAAUGGCUGGCCAGCCAGCAGCAAUGGUUACUUUACAAAUACUACAUGUAGAAUGCACCAAUUUCCAAGACGCGCUGCAAGAUUCACUGUCUCCCCGUACUCGAAAAUCAAGGGCUCCACUUGUCGAGCUACUACAUGUACACCGAGAUGUUGUUGUUGUGUCGCUGCGUCAUUCCAUCAAGCUAGCUUUACUUUCUUCUUACUCCACCUCUUUCUUU